AUGGCCACACAAACAUUACAAGGUGCUCUUAAGACAGCAAAAGAUAAGUACAGGUCUUUCUUGCACCAUGAAGACGCACACAACACUGUGUGGAGACGUGGUGCCCCUCCUACAUACCACAACGUCAACAAGCUCUUUGAAGAAGGCCGGACCAAGGAAUGGGCUGAAGGAUCUCUAGAAGAGACGGUCCAAAAUAUGAUGAAGUCAUGGCAGACGGAGUUUACUCACAAGACUCGGACUCAGGACUUCAGGAUCAUGCAUCCAGAAAAGUUCAAGCUCAUCGUUAAUGGAAGAGAGGCACUAUCUGCAGAAGAAACAAUUAGUCUAGGAAGCUAUAAUUCUGUGCUGAAGAGUUCAAUGCCAGAUGAGUUCAAAUACUAUAAAGCACACGAAGAGACCUUCGAUUCGGCUGACGACGCUUUCCGAAAUGCGCUUCCCCGUGGAUUUGCGUGUGAAGUGGUGGCUGUUUACUCAAGCCCGCCGGUGAUUACCUUUAAGUUCAGGCACUGGGGUUACUUUGAAGGCCCCUUUAAAGGCCAUGCCCCCACUGGAGAAAUGGUCCAGCUCUUUGGACUCGUAAUUCUCAAAGUGGAUGAACUGAUGAGGGCAGAGGAAGUGGAGAUAUACUAUGAUCCUGCUGAGCUCUUUGCUCCACUACUUAAAGCACCUCUCAUUUCUGGACCCAACACAGAGCAACAGGGUGCUGCUUCUUCCACAUCUCCUCAAAAAUGCCCUUUCCAAAACUAGAUCAUAUACUUCCAGUCCAGAGCAAAUCACAACCUUUAGCAUGACAACACUUGUGCAUCUACUAGAAUAAAGUCGUGCCUGCUUAAUGACUUACGGAGUACAAAAAGUGUCAUUUGCUCAAUUCCACUACUUGUAUCCAGACUAGCACUUUUAUCAUGUUGCUGCCCCUUAUCUCAUCAUAUGUAAUAUUAGUAGCAAAAUCUAGAAUAAAAUUGUA